AGCAACUGCCGAUUUAUUUAUUUAUAUUUAUCACCUUAUACUUCCGGUAGUGCAUUCCAGUGGAAGUUUUGUGAUCUAUCCCUGUUCUGACAUUUAUUCUUGUUUUUUUUUGUAAAUUAUCUUUUGGUGUUAUUUAUCAGUUCUGUUUUGUUUUAUAAAAUUAUUGUCAAUUUGACAUAUCUAGUUACGACUUACGACACAAAAAACAGCCGUUUGCACACUGGCCGUCUUUCGAUAAUUUACUCGAGAAAAAUGGAUUUGCUGAGAAAGUGUACACAGCAGCUGCUGGUGAAUGCAAACAUGUGGGCGCAAGCGCUUUCUGUUACGUGCACUGCGUUCCAUACAAGUCCUGUGUGCAGCCGCGUGCAGGCUGGCCGCUAUCGUGUCACUACGAAGCGUAACCGUGCGCUCACUUAUGAAAUGGCUAAUCCGCCCCAUUAUAUUGCCCAUCGAAAGUCUUGGAACUCAUGGAAUACAUCAACUAUGUUGGAUGGAUUACGCCCUUCGCAGACGGCAAUUGAAGACUUAUUUUUGCGGAAAUUCAUGACCGGUACUUGGCAUGCGCUAGUCGUUUCCGAAGUGAUUAUCAAAAGACAGCACAAUAUGAUAAGAAUAGCUGCCAUUGUCCGUCAGGCAAUAAGCCCGCGGAAGAUGUAUUUCCUUAUUGGUUAUACGGAAGAACUGUUAUCAUAUUGGUUGCAAUGUCCUGUUACAUUGGAGUUGCAAACAGUAGCUGAUAAAAAAGAUGUUAUAUUCAAGUAUAUUUAAAUUGUACAUCGUAAUUGUUGUAUGUACAACGAAAAAAUAAGACAAAGUAACCAAAUAACUAUAAACCAAUUAUCAGUGCACAGUAAUCUCAUUGUGAUUCUUGUUACUCUGCCAAGUCUUAAUGGCCUUAUUAACUAUGGUUGCAUCUUGAUCUUUCACCUGCAAUGUAUUUGUGAACAAUGUUUAAAUAUUUAGGUAAGUAUAUUAAAGAAGACAAACCUGUUCAAUUAAAGUUUUGAGCUCAAGUAAGGAAUUACAAUUCA